GCUCUCCUCGAGCCUGGCACUCCGGCCCUGCCAGCCGGGCCUGGGACUCCCCCUCAAAGCACUGCGGGCUUCCUAGGCUGCAGCGCACUCCUCUGGCUGGGACCCUUGGGCACAGCUUUCCAAGGGCCAGCAGAAGUACUGGGGACCAAGAUCCUUGCAAGAUAAAAACGGAACUGUUCAGUUUCUUACCAAGGUGGCGUCUGCACCUCUGCUCCAUGGUGCCCUGGGGGCGUGGGGCUGAUUUCCCAAGCUGAGCGCUGGGGGCCUGCUCCACUGGGGGUGUUUGGCCCAAGGUUCUGUGGGUGGUGCGGGUCUUGCCCUUGUCACCAGGAGCCUCGUUCCUGGUGCACACACCUCGUUCCCCUGUCCCCCUCCCCCCACACUGUGUCCCCAGUCUCCUGCCGGUAUACAGGAGGGAUCUGUGAACGUUGGGCGGGGCGAGGUCUGCGCCAAAGGGGGCUGGAUCUUGUUCUGGGGGAGACGUGAUUUCCUGAAGGCCUUCUCUGCCCUGCCUGGGCAGUCUGAGGGGAUGUAACCAGCCCUCCUUGGUGAUCACAAGGGCACAUGGGGUGACGGGCGCCUGAGCAGAGCUGGGCACUUGGCUGGAGGUCCAGAGCUGUUAGUCCUGCCAGGUUCAGCCGGCACCUGCCCUUCUGCCCUUUCCCCUCGAGGCAUGGGGCGGCGGCAGUAGCCCCCAGCCAACAAUAACGGUCGGUAGUGGGACUGCAGGACUGGGAGAGCCGGCUCAGCAGGUCCCCGUGCACCUGUGCCAGGGGCCACCCCCCCUUGGUCUCAAGGUCCUGUCCUAUAGGCCCAACCUGUUCUAGUUCAGCAGGAUCCCCGGCCCCUGAAGAGGCAGAGGCCUCCAGCCCCCCAGCGCUGCCGGGACAGCUCUGUGAGGCCAACCGCUCCAGCGCCCAAGGCUGAGACCCCCGCCAUGGCCAGCCCCGGGAAGCCUGGGGCUGGGGAGGCCCAGGAGGAGGAAGGGUGGGAUGAGGGGCGCGGCCCAGGGCCACUGGCAGCGACACUGGAGCAGGCCCAGGAGCUGUUUCUGCUGUGCGACAAGGAGGCCAAGGGCUUCAUCACCCGGCACGACCUGCAGGUGAGCCCCCAGCCCCAAGAGGCCUUCCACCCCAGGGCUGACCUUGGCUACUCAGCCUUGCCAUCCUUGCCCGGCCAGGGCCUGCAGAGCGACCUGCCCCUCACGCCCGAACAGCUGGAGGCUGUGUUCGAAAGUCUGGACCAGGCGCACACCGGCUUCCUCACCGCUCGGGAGUUCUGCCUUGGCCUGGGGAAAUUGGUGGGGGUGGAGCCUGCCCCGGGUGCUCUGCCCUCCCAGGCUCCAGAGGAAACCUUCGAGGCGGGCUGGUCGGAUGUGCAAGGCACCGGGGGCUCCCUGGAGGAGGAGGACGAGGAGGAGGAGGAGGAGGAGGAGGAGAGAUUCUGCUCUGCACUGGUGCAGCUGGGGGUGGCCCGGGUCCUGGGCGAGCAGCGGGCAAUUCGGACGCUCUGGACCCAGCUGCAGCGUGAGCGACCCGAACUGCUGGGCUCCUUCGAGGACGUUCUGAUGCGGGCGUCGGCCUGCCUGGAGGAAGCGGCCCGAGAGCGGGAGGGCCUGGAGCAGGCGCUGCGGCGGCGGGAGAGCGAGCACGAGAGGGAGGUGCGAUGUCUGUACGAAGAUAUGGAGCAGCAACUUCGCGAGCAGCGCCAGCGCCUGCGGAGUCAGGACGUCCCCCGGGAGGAGCGGAGAGGCCGCCUAGAGCUGGAGCUGCAGAGUCGCGAGCAGGAGCUGGAACGCGCGGGGCUGCGGCAGCGGGAGGUGAGCGGCUGCCGGGCGGUCCCGGCCGGGAGGCGUGCACAGCGGUCCAGCCCAGGCCCCAUCCUCACCGUCCCCCAUGCACUCCCCGGCGUCCUUGAGGCCCUUGGGCCUAUGUUCCCAGCCCCGGAAUUGUUGGGAGUCAGGGGCAAACGCAGCAUCCCGGGGACGUGGGGGGGUUCUCUCCAGCCUCGAUCCCCCCCACACCCCAGUUGGAACAGCAGCUGCAGGCCCGUACCACCGAGCAGCUGGAGGCGCAGGCGCAGAACGCCCAGCUGUGGCUGGCCAACGAGGCGCUGCGGGCGCAACUGGAAGUGGCGCAAGAGCAGCUCCGCAGACUGGAGAGCGACUUGCUGGGCCGUCGGGAGCAAACCCAACGAGACGUGGUCGCGGUCUCGAGGAACAUGCAGAAAGAGAAGCUCAGCCUCCUGCGGCAACUGGAACUGCUCAGGAAUGCUGCCUCUUGAGACCUCUCAGAGCCCUUGGACUCCUAUUCCUCAGGGAGCUGAACACGAGGCUACGAGACGAGAAGGACGUCUGUGAGGCCAAGCGGCUGGGCAGUGGCCGCAGGAAGGCUCUGACCACGGCCCCGCUGCUGGGGCCCGCCUGCUGCUGCUGCUGUUGUAGUAGCUGGGCUCG